GCUGACGACGAGAACCAGACGACGCUGUAUGAAUCCGCUGCAAGUACCAUCGUUGUAACUAUUGUCACUGCUGUCAGUAGACCAAUUGUAAUUAUUUCACUGCAGUAACAAAAAUCCUUGAGCCGACUGCACCUCUGUGAGCGGAGCUGGCGCAGCGAACGGCUACGGUGUUGGGAAGAAUGACAUCUGGCUACUGACUGGUCUUCGGUGUUGCGUCCGACGUGUUCUGGGCGCAACAUUGCGCGCAUUUCGUUUUCAUAGUGCGGCUGUGUACGGCUGACACUUUGAAGAAAAAUUUUGUCGUUAUUGUUUACGUGACCGUGACACAUCUACUGCUUUCCUUGGGCGCAUUGUGCACCGUUUCGUCAUGCAUCAGAGCGUGUUUAAGUCGCCGUUUGAAGGGCCUGUAACUCAGCUGUGGAAGGAAGAAGUUUUCCCGAGGUGCCAGGAUGCUGUGGUUUUCCUCGACGAUGCUAUGGCAGAAGCAUUGCACUGGAAUGGAGGAGCGGACAAGCUCUUCGAGGCUGGUGCCUUGGCCGUCCGGGAGUUCAGCUUCUUUGAGCAUGGAUCAGAAUCGGAACCAAAGGCCCUAUUCUUGGUGUCUACCCCAGUGACCGAGCAGACGUUGGCGACUCUUUCUGCAGUGGUGCGGGCAAGCGUGUUCACUAAUGUUUGCGUUCUCACCUCGUGCCCACCAGCAGCACAACUUUUGGCAAGGUAUGGCACAACUGAAGGACUUGAUGGCCCACGUGCUUUUCUUGACGUGGAGGAACGACUUCUGGACUGGAUGGGAAAUGUGACUUUUAUGGCGGAAAUUAUGUACGUUCCAUUGUCCAUUGUCAACGUGACUCCAAAGUUUUUUCUUAUGCCACAGUUUCAUGACAUCUUCCCUCCAUUACCAGAAAAUACUAGCGCUGGUCAAGCGGGCACAACCCUUGAAGGUUCAAGUUUCUCUAGAAACUUGCAAAUAGACCUGAAGUCACUCAUAGGAAAUUUGAACUCUAUAUUUGAAGUAGUCCGUGUUAGAGAAGAGACGUUUUCUCUUGGAUCACUAUCUCGAAUUGUUGGAGAAGAGUUGUCCCGGCUUUCCAGGGGCCAUAGAAAGUCUGCAGAGUCUAAGGUGUCCCUUUUACUUCUGGAUCGUACAUUGGACAUGGCUGGAUCACUUACUGCAUCUUGCGAGUCUUUGAUGGACACUUUGGUUAGAGUGCUCCCUCCACUUCCUGGUCACAGUUUGGAUGUGUGUGUUGACAUGCGCUGCAUCUCCUCCUCAUCUGAUGAGGCCGUGCCAUCAGAGGGAGCAAUUUACCCUGGUUGUUUGGCUCAUGAAAACUCAAAGUUAGCACUCCAGCAUAUUGUCAACUGCAAGCAGAAGGAAAGCAUGAUGGAGCUGAAUAGACUUAUUGUGGAGGCAGCACUCAAACAAGGUGUGCGCUUGGAUGUCACUGGUCGUCUAACAGCAGAGCAACUCAGGAAGAGGAUUAUUCAAUUCAGAAAAAGUGGUGGGGAUGCCGUUAUCGACAAGGGCCUGGUGCAGCAGAUCUUGGCGGUUGCUCAGGCAGCACUGGGAGAGAGGUACUCGAAGCUCGAGGACCUUCUUAGUACAGAGAAGGUGAUUGUCCAAAAUGCGGGCGUCUCCACAGAAGCUGCUUCGAGAAGCUUGGUGCAGCUCCUUCGUUCCAGAAACACAACGGGGUUACAAUUGGAAGACAUCAUGGCUCUCAUGGCACUUUUGUAUUCUUUAUUUGGAGAAAAAACACUUGGAAGUGAAAGUGACAAGUGGACACUAAAGGCUGAAAUUGUAGCAGCUGUAUACCAAGCAGCAGCAGACCAGAACUUGCCCGAGUUCUUCAAGCAUCUUGUUUCAGAUGAGGAAGAGACGCUGGACGAGAACACCGUGAUUCAGAAGGUCGAUGAAAUCUUCAGAGCAAUGGAAGCUCUCAGAAUGGCUAGAAAUCAACUUAGAAAGUACAGGAGCAUUCUUGAAGAAGGCAACCUGAUGCAGCCAGCAGUGUACAAGCCCUUGCUGAAGCAAGUUCUCCAAGACAUUUUUGACCCCAACGCGUCAGAGGCACCGCAGUUUGACUACCACUCAGGAGGGCUCAGCGAUAUGCUGAAAGCAGGAUUCGGACUUUUCAGAAGCACAAGCAAGCCACUGCCAAGAGAUAGUCCAGUGCUUAUCGUCUUCAUUAUUGGUGGUGUAACAGCUUCUGAAGUAAAGCUUGUGAAUGACAUCACAUCAUCAAGAAAAUUGCCACAACAGGUCAUCGUUGGAAGCACUACACUGGCCAAACCACACCAGCAGCUCGGUCUUCUCGUCAGGCAUUCCGUGUGAAAGGUUCGAUUAAUUUUAAAUGAA